AUGGCAGGAGCCGGAGGCGGCGGCUGCCCCGCUGGCGGCAACGACUUGCAGUGGUGUUUCUCGCAGGUCAAGGGGGCCAUCGACGAGGACGUGGCGGAAGCUGACAUUAUCUCAACUGUUGAAUUUAAUUACUCUGGAGAUCUUCUUGCAACAGGAGACAAGGGCGGCAGAGUUGUUAUUUUUCAGCGGGAACAAGAGAAUAAAAGCCACCCUCACUCUAGGGGAGAAUAUAAUGUUUACAGUACCUUUCAAAGUCACGAACCAGAGUUUGACUAUUUGAAAAGUCUAGAAAUUGAGGAAAAAAUUAAUAAAAUUAGGUGGUUACCACAACAGAAUGCUGCUCAUUUUCUACUCUCUACAAAUGAUAAAACUAUUAAAUUAUGGAAAAUAAGUGAACGGGAUAAAAGAGCAGAAGGUUACAAUUUGAAAGAUGAAGAUGGACGACUUCGAGACCCAUUUAGAAUCACAGCACUGCGGGUCCCAAUAUUGAAGCCCAUGGACCUCAUGGUGGAAGCAAGUCCGCGACGAAUUUUUGCAAAUGCUCACACAUACCAUAUAAAUUCCAUUUCCGUAAACAGUGAUCAUGAAACGUAUCUUUCUGCAGAUGACCUGAGAAUUAAUCUGUGGCAUUUAGAGAUCACAGAUAGAAGCUUUAACAUCGUGGACAUUAAGCCCGCCAACAUGGAGGAGCUGACGGAGGUGAUCACCGCGGCGGAGUUCCACCCCCACCAGUGCAACGUGUUUGUGUACAGCAGCAGCAAGGGGACCAUCCGGCUGUGUGACAUGCGCUCCUCGGCCCUGUGCGACCGACACUCGAAGUUUUUUGAAGAACCUGAAGAUCCCAGCAGUAGGUCUUUCUUCUCCGAAAUAAUUUCCUCCAUCUCCGAUGUGAAAUUCAGCCAUAGUGGUCGGUACAUGAUGACCCGAGACUACCUGUCGGUGAAGGUCUGGGAUCUGAACAUGGAAAACCGGCCCGUCGAGACCCACCAGGUCCACGAGUACCUUCGAAGCAAGCUGUGCUCUCUGUACGAAAAUGACUGCAUCUUCGACAAAUUUGAAUGCUGCUGGAACGGCCCAGACAGUGCGAUCAUGACGGGGUCCUACAACAACUUCUUCAGGAUGUUUGACAGAAACACAAGGAGGGACGUGACCCUGGAAGCUUCCAGAGAGAACAGCAAGCCUCGAGCCAGUUUGAAGCCUCGGAGAGUGUGUCCAGGCGGGAAGAGGAAGAAGGAUGAGAUCAGUGUGGACAGUCUGGACUUCAAUAAGAAGAUUCUGCACACAGCUUGGCACCCCACUGAUAACAUUAUUGCUGUGGCUGCCACCAACAACCUGUACAUAUUCCAGGACAAAGUCAACUAG